CCAGAUGAGUUGCAUCAAGCCGCGUAGCCAGCUUUCCGGUGUUCGUGUGGUAGGAUAAAGCUCCGAUGAGGGUCUUUAUAGUUUGUGUCUAGAGGAGACCGGCUGGUUUACACAAUACAUCUACAGCUCGAUGGACUUGUUUGGUGUUACUAUGGAGCUGUCAGGAAAUACUGUGAUAUGUUCAUCAAGCAACCACACCCUGAACUCAAAAGGUGGUGGCUGUCCGUGGGAGGUCAGCGACAAGGCCAGACUGUGCCGCUUCCUAUGCUAUGGCUCAGAGGGAGAUGUAUACACUGCCAGAGAGGAGGGUCGGGUCAGCAUGGAGGGCGCCGGAGCCCUGCUGUCUCUGCUGCAGGAGGGACGAGGCACUGAGGUGGUGGAGGAGAUAAAACGCUUCACUCAGGAUGAGCGAGCUGUCAGACUCAGUCCCUGCUUUUUUGCCUUGGCUUUGUGCUCUCAGCACUCGGAGCUGAAGACCAGGCAGGCAGCAUUCAAGGCCUUUAAGGAAGUUUGUCGGGACCCUGCUCAUCUGUUUUCUGUCAUCCAGUACAAGAAGGAAUUGAAAGAGAGCAUGAAAUGUGGGAUCUGGGGACGCUCUCUGAGGAAAGCUGUGUCUGACUGGUACAAUGAGCAAGAUGCUAUGAGUUUGGCUGUGGCUGUGACCAAAUGCAAGCAGAGAGAAGGAUGGUCGCACCAGGAUCUGCUCAGGCUCUCUCACACCAAACCAACUAAUGAAGCAAUUGCUGUGAUCAGCAAAUAUGUAACAAAAGGAUGGAAGGAAGUCCAGGCUGCCUAUGCAGACAAAGAGAACUCAGAAGAAGUUGUCAAGGUGCUUUUGUAUCUUGAAGUGGUGGAGAAGGUCAAGCACAGUUGUGAUGAAACGGUGGUCAUCAAUUUAAUAGAGGAACACAAGCUGGAGAGGGCACAGCUGCUAACAGAUCAUCUUAAGUCAAAACAGGUAUGGAGAGCUCUACUGAAGGAAAUGCCUCUCCAGUCAGUGCUGGGGAUCUUGGGUAAAAUGACAUCAAACAAAAUUCUUGAACCAGGAAGCUCAGAAACACGAGCGGUAUGUGAGAGAAUCCAGAGUGAGACGGCACUAAAGAAGGCAAAGAUCCACCCAUUCAGCAUACUCCUGGCUUCAGAGAACUACAAAAGAGGCCAAGGCUAUCAGGGUAAAACAAAAUGGGAACCAGACAGCAGCAUCCUCAAGGCAAUGGACUUUGCUUUUUACAAGAGUUUUGUGAAUGUGGAGCCUGUAGAUAAACGCUUCGUAGUGGCAGUAGACGUGAGCACAUCGUUGAGCAGCGUUGUCCCGGGGACGUCAGUCAGCACCGCCGUCGCUGCUGCAGCCAUUACCAUGAUAUAUGCAAGGACAGAGCCAGACACACAUGUGUUAGCCUACUCUGAAGGAGCUUUGAUUCCAUGCUCAGUUUCUCCUGAUAUGACUCUUGCACAAACAACAGCUGAACUGGUUAAGAUCCCUGCUGGGAGCACAGACUGCACCCUUCCCGUCACAUGGGCAACAGAGAAUGGAAAAGCUGUAGAUGUGUUCAUCGUUCUGACCAACAAUCCGGUGUGGACAUGCACCAUCAGCCCGGUGCAGUCUCUAAAGAAGCACAGACAAAUGUCAGGAGCUAAUUCCAAGUUACUGAUGUGUGGGCUGACUUCCAUUGGACAUGCCAUUGCAGACACAGAAGACAGAGGUUUACUAAGCAUCUGUGGUUUUGAUCUUGGAGCUUUAUGCGUCAUUCGUAACAUAGCCCAGGAUCUGAUCUGAUAACGUGUUGAAACUGUCUCCGUAUCAUGUGGUAAGAGUACAGAAGUAAGGUUGAAAUGGAGGGCACCCUCACUUAGUACAUAGGGUGUCUUAAAACAGCACUAAUCCAAAACAUGCUGACAUUUACAAUUCCAGUUUCUCUUUUUGUAUUGUUUUGCUUAAAAGUCAGUUGACAAAGUGUCCAGCGGGCUGGACAACACUCUGGAAAUGUUAUGCAUAUAUUUUUCUGAAUUUUAAGCAGGAGUGAAAAGACAUGAUGUGUCUUCAUGCUAUUAGAGUGUUACAGUACAAACAGCAUUUUGUAUGGUGGGCAUUAACCCAUUCAACAAAAAGUUCAUUUUUAGGAAGAUGUUAGCAGACUAAAUAGGAACAGUGCAAGAGUCAGAAUGUUCAAAAGUUGAGUGCAGCUGUAGGUUUAUUUUAAGGGGAUCUAGUGUAGUUUCUAGUCUGUCGAUGGUAAGAUUUAACAAGUUUGAUGUGGUGGUAGAGGUAUUUUAAAUUUGAAAGCUUGUCCCUUUAUUUUAUGUAGCAUUAUUGUAAAAUAUUAAUAGAUAUAAAAUAGUUUCACAGUCAACAGAAAACCUUUAUAUUUUCAUGACGUUUCUGUUAAAAUCUUAGAUUUACUUGGUCAGAAGAUAUUUUUUAAUAAUAUUGUCUAGAAUUCCGUUCACACUUUUGCCUGUAGCUCAGCUGCAAUGUUUUGUAUUAUGUUUUCCCAUUUGCCAAUUUUAUUUUAAAUGGGUUUCUGUUCCCUUGGUGCUCUCCAAUAUGAUAUGAUUUGAGUUAUGGUUUUUUGUGUGGUCCUUUUGUGAAAUAAUAAUGGCAAUGUUUGGGCUGUAAGUCAGUUUACUGUAAGUUGGUAAGUUGGAGAAAUGGACUUGCUCUCAUAUUUUAGUCUGAAUUCUAUGCAUCACCAUUGGGAUUUUACAGUUUUAUGUCCAGGAUGGACAUAUCAUAGCUAUUUAACAAGUGUUUACUAAGACUGAAUCUGCUAGCACAGAACUGUUUUUGUAUUUUUGAAGUAAGAAUGUUCGGUAUGCAAAAAUGAACAGAUAAUUGCUGCCUUCCAGAUUUAAAUUAAAUGAAUGUACUUUUGUAACCAUGUAACAGUAGACAUUUAAAGUGCAAUGCUUUAUACAUCUUUAGAUGGAAUAAACACACUGCUUACAGUUUAUUAUUAGGGGCCAACUCAUUAUGGGGAAAUGUAAGAAAAUGACUAUAGUGGUGCUUCUUGUUUUAAUCAACAAUAAUUGCUGUAAUUACUGAAAAUAUUCACUGAACCUGGCACUGAUCAUUGAUUCAUGUGUAAUUUGUGAUUUAUGAAGGGGGGGAAACCUUCAGACCAUGUUACUGUGAAAGAUUUUGUUCCACAUGCUGUCCUUUUCAAUGUUAAGACAAUGUUCACUGUCUUUUGGCCAAUGGUCAAAAUACUAUAAAGCUAAAAUAUUUGUGCAAUGUGA